AUGCAGUUCACCAUCGCCACCCUCAUUGUUCUCGCCAGCGGCGCAGCCGCUCAAUUCUGCGGCGUCGUCACAUCACCUGUGCAAAGCUAUGUUCCGUGCACAUUGGAACAAUAUCCCGUGAUGGAUGCCGAAUGCACGGCAAUUGGCGGCACAGUAUCUGGCCACAACCAAGAGAGUGGAGAUGCUCGGUCCAACUGCAUCACGUACUGCAACAACGUUCCCACCGGCGGACACGACACGACCGGUAACAUCCUUGGCCGUCACAGCUAUCACGUCUACGUUGUCGACUCGUGCACUAGCUGUGGCUACUGCGGCGCUCUGUAA